GCCACGUCCUCGGGGCUCCGCGGGGUUCCCCGUCCCUUCCUCGUUCUUGCCCCCGACUAGAGGAAGGGGGCGCGCCUCUCGCGAGAGCUGCGCCAGUUCCGCAUUUCGGAGCAGGGGGCUCAGGCGCGGGUGGGCGGCUCCGGGAUCCAUCCGUGCAUCCGUGUGUCGGUCCGUGAGGUCCGGGGCCCCUCCGCCCCCUCCUCCCCGGGGCCCAGUCUCCUGCCGUUUGCCCGCUCUGCGUCCCCCGCCCCACCCCACAGACGAGAUGAGCUUCCUCUUCAGCAGCCGGUCCUCCAAGACCUUCAAGCCCAAGAAGAACAUCCCGGAAGGCUCCCAUCAGUACGAGCUCCUGAAGCAUGCCGAGGCCACGCUGGGCAGUGGGAACCUGCGGCAGGCCGUCAUGCUGCCCGAAGGCGAGGACCUCAACGAGUGGAUCGCCGUCAACACUGUGGAUUUUUUUAACCAGAUCAACAUGCUCUAUGGGACGAUCACUGAAUUUUGCACAGAAGCGAGCUGCCCUGUGAUGUCUGCAGGCCCCAGAUACGAGUACCACUGGGCCGACGGCACCAACAUCAAGAAGCCGGUCAAGUGCUCCGCUCCCAAGUACAUCGACUACCUGAUGACGUGGGUCCAGGACCAGCUGGACGACGAGACCCUUUUCCCCUCCAAGAUUGGGGUCCCGUUCCCCAAGAACUUCAUGUCGGUGGCCAAGACCAUCCUGAAGCGCCUGUUCCGGGUCUACGCGCACAUCUAUUACCAGCACUUUGAUGCCGUGAUGCAGCUCCAGGAGGAGGCGCACCUCAACACCUCCUUCAAGCACUUCAUCUUUUUCGUGCAGGAGUUCAAUCUGAUUGACCGCCGGGAGCUGGCCCCCCUGCAGGAGCUGAUCGAGAAGCUCGGCUCCAAGGACAGAUAGACGCCCCCGCCGCCGCCGGCCAGCCUGAACCGCCCGGUCUCAGCCCUGAUCGAGGGCAGCUUCCUCUGCUCCUGCCAUGCCUUCCUCUCCUUCAGUCAGGGUGCCUCGCUGGGCCCGGAUCCCCCUAGCCUCGCCGGGAGCCAGACUGGCCAGAGCCUUCGCACCCCUCGCCUCGGGCCCCGGCCCUCCCGCUCCUGCACCCGGGGCCCUUCCUCGCAGCCCCGGGGACGGUACUUGUGCCCCUCCUCGCGCCCUUCAUUGGCUUUUACUUCUGAGCAGAGCUCGGGGCCCGCCAGCCCCCCGCCGCCUGCUGCUCAUUACAGUAUUUGAAGUGCUGGCUGGGGGGGGGCUGGGCAUGGGUUGAGGGGAGACUCCGUCUGGGAGAAAGUCUAGAAAGGCCCCCCAGCAGCUCUUUGACCAGCACAGCUUCUCCAAGCCUCCCCUACAAGUUUAGAAAAAGCUGCCUUUGGGCCUCGACUACGCCAUCUUUCUUCUCCAAGCACAAGCCUGUGUCUCAUGGAGGAGAACAAAAGAUCUAGGCUGGGGUUGGGGUGCUGCAGGAGGCUGAGCUGCCGCUCUUGGCCCGCCUGCUGCUAGCAGGCUUGGGGGGCACCUUAAAAGUCGCCCCCCAACAACCAAAGGACGCGACUGAUCUGGGGCAUUGAUUCCCUUCUCGAGGGAGCCUGGUGCUUUUUUUGUUUGUGUCAGUGACUCCUUCCAGGAUUUCUAAACACAGACUUCAGGGUGCGAGAGGGCCCCUUCCAGUCCCCGAUCCUUAGGAGCUUUGGGGUUCUUGGGAGAUUGGGGGGCAUCAUUUGUUUCUUUGCAAAACCAGCUCUCAGAGCCACCGUGGGGCUGUGUCUGGCCUUCAUUCCCACAUUUGGAAUGCUGGACGGGGCGAGAACCCCCUGAAUCUUUGUUUCCACUUUACCUGUUCUUUUUCAGCGUUUUCUCCAUGCACUUUGAAUGAACCUAAAAGCCUUAAGUAGGCCAUUAGCCAUGGGCAGGAAGGUCUGUGGCCCUUUCCAUCUCCCUAGUGGGGCGCUGGGGACGCCACUGAGAAAGCCAUCUUUGUGGAGGGGGCCAUGGCUGGAUUCUGGGCCUUGGAGGGCUGCAGCCAAAAGGGCUUCCCAACACCAACCGCCAUCCUGGCCUGUUGGAUUCUCCCAGCGUUGGACCCUGGGAACAAAAGGUGCAUUUUUGUAUCUGGGCCCUCCGGGCAGCAGUGCUGCUUCUCUUUGUGGGGAGCCUUUUCUAGAGAGACCUUGCUCUGUCCAGGUCCUGCUGAGUCUGCCUUCUCCCUCACCCCUAGGGUCUUGGGCGCAUCGCUUCCUUUCUAGGCCUCUCUCCUCCUUAAAAUGAGCAAUCCGACUAGCAAGGCACCGGUGGAAGCCUGGCCACAUCAUCUAGCCCUGUGGGCCUCCGUUUCCUCAUCUGUAAAAUGUGGGGAUUGGACCGGAUGGCCCCUGAGGCCCCUCCUGGCUCAAGCUUGGCACAGGAAAGGCUGAGGCCAAGGGCAGGACCAGCUUCCAGGCACCAAACAGAGAGGAAGAGUGAAGACCCAAUCAUUAGUCUGUUUGCUGCCUCCCUUCAGGGAACAACCAGCCUUGAACCUAGACAGGAAAAACUGUCAAGCUGGGAAGGCCCGCCAUGCCCCAGGGAGACCCCAGCCCUCCCUCCUGCCAGAGAGGAUCUGCCCAGGACUGUACAUGCCUUCCCCGGCCUGCCUCCAGACCCCUAGGGCAGCCUCCCGUCCAGGAGCUCCCUCCCUCCCACCGUGGUGACGGGUGACCCUGGGGAGAAGCCCAGCGAUGAACCUGACGGGCAGGUUUUAUCCUAGCAGGAUGGAGGCCCCGAAGGAGCCCUUUCGGCUUUUUUCUUUUUAGAUUCCUCCCCUCCUCCCCUCAUGGCCAAGGUCAGGAUUUAGCGUGACGGAUGCUCCGCGUGUAAUCUGGAGGGGGCGGAUGGCUCUCCUCCCAGCCGCAGCCCAUCCUCCGGGCUCUGUUUUAUCAAGUUCCAUCUCCAGCCUGACCUUGGUGGCUGGAAGAGGAGCUUGUGUUCCUAAUCUUUUCUACUUUGACAUUAGAAAUACGACGGAGGGCCCAGUCACUGCCCUUAGCCCCCACUGCCUGGCCUUUACUGCCCGUCUCUAAGACUGGAGGUGAGGGCUUAAAAAGCGUGCGGACGCCUCCGACUCCCCCGAGUGCCCACAGUGCUGGGGACUUCCCAAGCUUCCGGCCUCCAGGCCAAAGACCUGAGUGCUGCUGGAGCUGGAAGGCACCCUCGCCCAGUCCAUCGACCCUCCCCUCUUUAUAGAUGAGAAAAGGAAGGCCCAGAGAGGAGCCGUGUCGGGCCUGAAGUCACACAUCCUGAACGUGGCUCUCUCAGGGCCCAGCCCCGAGCUCUCUCCUGGGUGCCUCAGCUCCAUCUGUACGAAUUCAGGCUAGAAGCGGGGUAGAGACCAUCUCUGGUGCCGGGGCUCCUCGCCUGGCGGGGAUCUGCCCAGUUGGUUUAUCUGUUUCAGUGGCUUUAUUUCAAGAGAAUCUUUGCCUUUGGAACCCUUCCUAGUUUACUGUAUGCAUUUAUUCAUGCCUUUAGAGUCAGCCCCCUCCCCAUCGCACCUCCCUUUGGUGACUGAGCCAGCCGGCCCUUUGGAUAGCAUGUUCUCAGCCCCACUGAAGUACCACCUGGCUAGGACAAGCCAUGGCCUCCAGGGCCCCUUUCUUAGUCUAAGAAUAUGAUUCUUACCUUUGAAGACUGAGGAGAAAGUCUUUGAUUUGGACUAGCCAGAAUUAAGGCAGUUUAAACCAGUCUGUAGGGUAGGAAUGAAACUGUUGGCUAAUGAGAACUUCCUCCUUCCUCCCUCCUUCUUUCCUUCCUCCCUCCCUUUCCUUUCUUCUUUCCUUCCUUCCUUCCUCUUCCCCUUCUUCCUUCUUCCCUUCCUUUCUUCCUCCCUCCCUUUCCUUUCCUCUUUCCCUCCUUCCUUCCUCUUUCCCUUCUUCCCUUCCUUUCUUCCCUCCCUCCCUUCCUUCCUCUCUCCCUCCCUUUCCUUUCCUCUUUUCCUCCCUCCUUCCUUCCUCUUUCCCUUCUUCCUCCCUCCCUUCCUUUCUUCCCACCUUCUUUGCUUCCUCUUUCCCUCCUUCCCUCCUUCCUUCCUCCUGUCCUUUCUCUCUGCCCUUCCUUUCCACCUAUCCAGGCUGUUGGCAGGUACGAUUCCAAAGACAAAGGGAACAGCACUUAGCAGGCACUAAGCACAGGGCUGGAAGGGGCGGAUCACGAGAGGGCUCCUGGUUGAGCUGCCUCUGCGGUCCAUCCCUUCCAUCUGUGAUGGUCUGCAGCCUCCUUGUCCAGCCUGCUUGUUCACUGAGGCAGGAACCGAGGCCAAAGUGAGCAACGUGCGCUUGCUGUCAGCAUCCUGACAGGAAAGCAGAGUAGGUCGCGGUUGGGUUUUGUUCUUUUUUCUGUCUGGCUUUUCUCAGGGCAUCCUCCCAGGACGAGGGUGUGCAUUCGAGGAGGAGAAGCUGCCUUAGAAUGAGAUCUGUCGGGGCCAGAAUCUUCUGCAUUCCCUCAGUGGCUUGUUAGCGUUCAGGGGCUUGAAGACUUUGCACCCGAACCCCCUCGGGGUCUUUUCUGUCAAUACCAAAUGCUGUGUGUCCCUGGACAGGGCUCUGGGAAUGGGAAAGAGGGCGGUCAAGUCACCCCGUCCCGGCCCGUUCGACCUGUUCCCUUCGCUCCCUUCCGAAGUAGUUCCCCUCGGUUGUACCCAGAAGGUUUUUAUAAUGUUUUUACAUGGAUUCCAGAAGCUUUAGUGACUUUCCCUCAGCGAGUUUCCUCAACUUUUUAAAAGAGUGUUUUGUAUCGACUUUUGUACCUUUAUUUUCACUAGAAUAAAGCAUGUGGAAAGAAA